AUGCCCAAGUACGCGAAGUUCUUAAAGGACCUUCUUAGAAACAAGGAGAAGUUGGGAGAGUUGUCGAAUGUUCCAUUGAAUGGAGGGUGCUCCGCAGUCGUUCUGAAUAAGCUUCCGGAGAAGCUCACCGAUCCCGACAUUUUCACUAUUCCAUGUCUAUUUGGUAGUAACAUCAAUACUCGAGCCUUAGCUGACCUAGGUGCUAGCAUCAAUUUGAUGCCCUUUUCUCUCUACGAGAAGCUAGACUUAGGCGAACUUUCACCUACCCGUUUGACAUUAUCAUUAGCCUAUCGGUCUGUGAAAUACCCGCGGGGUAUUGUCGAGAAUUUGCUUGUUAAGGUCGACAAGUUUGUUUUUCCCUCUGACUUCGUCAUUCUCGAUAUGGAAGCGGAUGAGAGAUUUCCUAUCAUACUUGGCCGUCCGUUUUUGCGUACCGCUAAAGCCCUCAUAGAUGUAUUCGAUGGUAAGAUCACACUUAGAGUCGGUGAGCAGAGAGUCACCUUUGAGAUAGAAUGUUCCAUGAACCACCCGAGUGGUUCCGAUGACUAUAGUGGUCCUUGCCAUUCUGUAUAUUUCUUGAACUCAUUCAUCUCAUGUGUUGACCAUUGUCUAGAGUAUAUUAGUGGAGCCGACUUACUAGGAGGAGAGAGAGUAGAGGAGGAGUCGUUAAGGUUGGAUGAAGUUGAAUAUGAGGGGAUUCCUUUGAUUCUCGAAGCGUUAGCCGUUAGUGAUGACACCACCCAACCCCCACCCUUAGAGCUUAAGGUCCUUCCAUCUCAUUUAGAAUAUGUCUUUUUAGGGAGGGUUCCGAGCUACCCGUUAUCAUCUCAUCGAAGUUGGAGGAUGGGGAGAAGUCGAAGUUGUUGGAAGUGUUAA